GGGGGGAGGAAGGGGGGCAAAUUAGGGAAUAAGAAAAAUACAUACAAAAUACUAUCUCUAUCUUUCCGAUCGAUUGAUCGAUCUCAUCCAUCACCGACAAAAUAACCCACAGAAGAGAGGAGAGAGAAAGCCUCGCCGGCGAAAAUGGAGAUCGCACCGGCGGUGAUAUCAUCCCACGGCAGCGUUGAUAGCGGCGAUAUCAUCGACGAAUCUCUUAAGCCAUCUGAUUCAAACGCCUCUUCAUCAUCACAAAAUAAUAUUAACAACGAGAAUAUGAAUAACAAUAAUACAAUUAGUAAUAAUAUGAUGAAUAGAUUUGAUGAUGAUGAUGAAGAAGGAGAUGUGUGUCGGAUCUGCCGGAAUCCAGGUGACGCCGAUAAUCCUCUACGGUAUCCGUGUGCGUGUAGUGGAAGUAUUAAAUUUGUUCAUCAGGAUUGUCUUCUUCAGUGGCUUAAUCAUAGCAACGCUCGCCAGUGCGAGGUGUGCAAGCAUCCUUUCUCAUUUUCCCCUGUUUAUGCUGAGAAUGCUCCAGCAAGGCUUCCGUUUCAGGAAUUUAUAAUUGGGAUAGGAGUGAAAGCAUUCCAUGUUCUCCAAUUUUUUUUGCGCCUCAGUUUUGUUCUCUCUGUCUGGCUUCUAAUCAUACCAUUUAUUACAUUCUGGAUAUGGAGGUUGGCAUUUGUUAGGAGCUUUGGCGAAGCCCAAAGAUUGUUUUUCAGUCAUAUAACUACGACAGCUGUUCUUACAGACUGUCUACAUGGCUUCUUACUCUCAGCUAGCAUUGUCUUCAUAUUUCUUGGAGCCACUUCUCUUAGGGAUUACUUUAGGCAUUUACGAGAAAUUGGAGGACAUGAUGGUGAGAGAGAAGAUGAAGGAGAAAGAAAUGGUGCUCGUGCUGCUAGAAGGCCGCCUCAUGUACCAGCAAACCGGAAUCUUAUUGGUGAUAUGAAUGCCGAAGAUGGGGGAGCACAAGGAGUUGCUGGGGCAGGUCAGUUAAUCAGAAGAAAUGCAGAAAAUGUUGCUGCUCGAUGGGAAAUGCAGGCAGCUCGUCUAGAGGCUCAUAUGGAACAGAUCUUUGAUGGGAUGGAUGAUGCUGAUGGUGCAGAGGAUGUACCUUUUGACGAGUUAGUCGGCAUGCAGGGGCCUGUUUUUCAUUUGGUUGAGAAUGCUUUCACUGUUCUUGCGAGCAAUAUGAUAUUCCUUGGUGUUGUUAUAUUCGUGCCUUUUUCCCUAGGACGGAUUAUACUCUAUUACCUAUCGUGGCUAUUGUCCACGGCAACGACUCCAGUAUUGUCAACAGUUGUACCUCUUACAGAAUCGGCUCUUUCUUUGGCCAAUGCUACUCUUAAGAAUGCUUUGAAUGGAGUUGUGAAUAUGACAUCUGGUAGCCAUGAAAAUUAUAUCAACCAGUUUGUAGAAAAUGUGAGUCUAAAUGUUACAGGGCUGACCAACCUAUCAAAUAACGGAACCACUACAGUUUCAGCAGACAUUUUAAAAGGUGCAGGUAUGGGGGCCUCACGGCUCUCUGAUGUCACAACCCUUGCUGUUGGCUAUAUGUUUAUAUUCUCGUUGGUCUUUAUGUACCUCGGGACUGUUGCUUUAAUUCGGUACACUAAAGGUGAACCUUUGACUAUGGGGAGGUUCUACGGCAUUGCUUCGGUUGCGGAGACCAUUCCAUCCCUGUUCAGACAGUUCUUGGCUGCUAUGAGACAUUUACUUACCAUGAUUAAAGUUGCUUUCCUUUUGGUCAUCGAACUUGGUGUUUUUCCUUUGAUGUGUGGGUGGUGGCUUGAUGUUUGUACCAUAAGAAUGUUUGGGAAGUCUAUAGCCGAGAGAGUGGAUUUUUUUUCGGUUUCCCCAUUAGCGAGCUCGUUGAUUCAUUGGGUUGUAGGGAUUAUAUACAUGCUACAAAUAAGUAUCUUUGUCAGCCUUCUUCGAGGGGUUUUGCGCAAUGGGGUUCUUUACUUCCUCCGUGAUCCUGCUGAUCCUAAUUACAAUCCUUUCCGUGAUCUGAUUGAUGAUCCUGUUCACAAGCAUGCUCGCAGGGUUCUGUUGUCUGUUGCUGUUUAUGGAAGUCUUAUUGUGAUGCUUGUGUUUCUACCGGUCAAACUUGCCAUGCGAGUAGCUCCUUCAAUCUUCCCGCUCGACAUAUCCGUAUCAGACCCAUUUACUGAAAUUCCUGCCGACAUGCUUCUCUUUCAAAUAUGCAUUCCGUUCGCACUUGAGCAUUUUAAGUUACGUAAAAAGAUCAAAUCCCUUCUUCGCUAUUGGUUCACGGCCGUUGGCUGGGCACUUAAUUUGACAGAGUUUUUACUCCCACCUCCUGAGGAUAAUAGUGGCCAGGAACAUGGAAAUGGGCAGCCACUAAGGCAGGAUAGACAGCAAGCACAAAUAGGCGGUCAAGAUCGAGCUUUUGGAGGGAUUGUUGCUCAUGAUGAUUUGAACAGCAACAGGCAUUUACCUGCUAAUGCUACUUCUGCAGAAGAGUUUGAUGGUGAUGAGCAAUCUGACUCGGAUAGGUACAGCUUUGUGUUCCGCAUUGUGCUCUUGUUGGUGGUUGCCUGGAUGACUCUUCUGGUUUUCAACUCUGCUUUAGUAGUCAUACCUAUUUCACUGGGACGAUUGCUUUUCAAUGCUGUGCCUUUUCUCCCGAUAACACACGGCAUCAAGUGCAACGAUCUCUAUGCUUUCGUCAUUGGGAGCUAUGUCAUUUGGACUGUUGUGGCUGGGGCAAGGUAUUCCAUUGAGUACAUAAAGACUAGGAGGGCUGCAGUUUUGUUGAAGCAUAUAUGGAAGUGGUGUGGCAUUGUUUUGAAGAGCUCUGCAUUAUUGUCAAUAUGGAUUUUUGUCAUCCCAGUUCUGAUUGGACUGCUCUUUGAACUUUUGGUAAUUGUGCCAAUGCGGGUACCCAUUGAUGAAAGUCCAGUAUUCCUUUUGUAUCAGGAUUGGGCUCUAGGACUAAUUUUUCUGAAGAUUUGGACCAGACUGGUUAUGUUGGAUCACGUGAUGCCUUUGGUGGAUGACAAUUGGAGAAUAAAAUUUGAGAGGGUGCGAGAAAAUGGUUUUUCCAGGCUGCAGGGAUUUUGGGUGCUGCGGGAGAUUGUAUACCCAAUAAUAAUGAAGCUGCUAACUGCUCUCUGUGUUCCUUAUGUAUUGGCUAGAGGAGUCUUCCCGGUUUUUGGUUAUCCAUUGGUUGUGAAUUCAGCUGUAUACAGAUUUGCAUGGUUGGGAUGUCUAGGUUUUAGUUUGGUGUGCUUUUGUACCAAGAGAUUCCAUGUGUGGUUCACCAAUCUCCACAAUUCGAUACGUGAUGAUCGCUAUUUGAUUGGUCGUAGACUUCACAACUUUGGAGAAGAUAAAGAGGUGAGACGUAAUGACCCGGAUGUAUCUUCAGAAAUUCAAGAUGCUAACAUACAGGACCCUACAAUGGUCCUACAUGAAGGGGAUGAAGCUGAUGUAGGGAUGAGGCAGAGACGUGCUAUAAGACAAGAUACCUAAGUGAGAGAUAUAUAAGCUAUAUAUAUAUAUAUAUCGUAUCUCUAUCUCUUAUGAUCAUUGUCACGGGGCUUGUCAUGGUGCUUCUAUUAUCAGUUGAUUCAGUUCACAGGGUUCUUCUCAUGUGAACAAUUUUUUUAGUAGUGUUUUUUCAGUAUGUGAAUAUAUUCGUGUAGUAUAAGUGUAUAACCAAGAGAUGUAAACCAUUAACAAUGUUAUGUAAACCAUUAACAAUGUUGAUGAUGGAAAGUUAAGUUUGAACA